AUGGCACUGUUUCGGGGUUUUCAGGCAAUAUUACUCUAUCUAACUGCAAGAUGUCUCGCUUCUCCGGCUCUACCAGAGGAGAGCAUGACUACGCCCCAAAUCAUUAGCUACCACGGAUAUCCAGCUGAAAUUAUUACGGCUACAACAGAUGACGGCUACAUUCUUGAAUUACAUCGAAUUCCGUUCGGUAAAAAUGCAACUGAUCGGACGCGAGAUCCAACCCGUCCAGUCGCUUUCCUACAACAUGGUCUUCUCGCUUCAAGCGCAGAUUUUGUGGCAAAUCUCCCGGAACAGUCGCUAGGUUUUAUGCUUGCCGAUGCAGGCUUCGACGUCUGCUUAUGGCAAACCGAGCCCAGAUGGGACGAAAUCGCUUCGCACGAUCUGACCGCCCAAAUCAAUCGCGUUUUGGAGGUGACCGGGGCUUCGAGUGUAAAUUACGUUGGCCACUCCCAAGGGACGAUGAUCAUGUUCGCAAGGUUAUCUGAGGACCCGGGUUUCCGGAAGAAGAUUGACAAAUUUUUUGCCUUAGCGCCAGUGACAACGGUUGGCAACAUUCGAGGUCUACUCCGGAUUAUUUCCGAUCAUUUUCAACCAGAAUUAAGGUGGCUAAUCCAACUACGUGGCGAGCAUCAAUUUAUGCCCACGAAUUGGUGGUCCCGAAUGACGGCCAAGAUCAUUUGCGGCUCGUUCGCCUUUCUCAACCCGUUAUGCCAGAAUAUUUUAUUUCAAAUUGGAGGUCCGGAAGAUAAACAGUUUAACCAGAGUCGUAUCAUGGUCUAUAUGGAUCAUACCCCGGCUGGUACGUCUACUUCCAACAUCUUACAUUGGGCUCAAAUGGCCCAAUCGGGUCGCACUCAAAUGUUCGACUUUGGAACCCCGGAGAAGAAUAGAUGGAAAUACGGCCAAGAAACUCCACCAUACUACGAUAUUUCCAAGUUUGAUGGCGAUGUUUAUAUCUAUUAUGGAGAUGCCGAUUGGCUGGCUGAUGUCGAAGACGUCGAAGGCACACUGCUAAAAACACUGCCCAACGCCACGAAGCGGCUCGUUACGAAGCUGCACGGCUUCAACCACUUUGACUUCAUCUAUGGUCUGAGGGCAUCUAGAGAAAUCUACGAUGAUCUUAUUCAUCAUAUUACCCCGAAACCACAGCUACGAACGAAUCGAAUUCAU